CCCUUAAACCGAUUUUUUUUUCUUUCCCAAAAUCUCGUACUUUAAAGGAAAAAAGAAACAGAAAAAAGUUCACCCUUUGUUUUUCAGAAAUGGAAGAAGAAGAUCAACGCAAAGUCACAGAUCUAGUAAUUGAGCUAGUUCGUCGUUUACUCUCUCAACAAAACCCUCAAAACGCAAGCCCUAACUCUCCUCAUUUCUCCCAAUCUCUUCGCUACGCUCUCCGCAUUCUAUCCAGCCGUUUAACCCCUUCCGUUUCCCCUGAUGCGGACGCCGUCGCCGAAUCCAUCAAGCGCCGUCUCGCCACUCAAGGUAACUCCUCUGGUGCCCUAACUUUCGCUGAUCUCUAUACCAAGUUCGCUUCCAAAAAUGGUCCGGGCAGCGUUAAUAACAAAUGGGCUGUUCUUUAUUUGCUUAAAAUUAUAUCCGAGGAUCGAAAAAAUGCUAUCAGUGGGAUGGAUUCUUCGGUUUUCUUGCCUAAUUUAGGUUUAAAUGAUGAUGAAAUGGGAAAUGAUUUAAGGGUUUUGAAUGCUAAAGAGAAUAGAGAAAAGGCUUGGAAAAACGGGGUUUUAUUGGUUUCAAAAGACCCUGAAAAUUUACGUGAAAUUUCGUUUAGGGAGUUUGGGAAUUUGGUUGAGGAAGAGAAUGAGGUGACUGAAGAGGUUUUGGUUAGAGAUGUGUUGUAUGCUUGUCAAGGGAUUGAUGGGAAGUAUGUGAAAUUUGAUAGUAAUUUAGAUGGUUAUGCUUUACCAGAUUCAAUUAAGGUACCUAGAGCUACUCGAACUAUUGUUAGGAAGCUUUGUGAAUUAGGCUGGUUGUUUAGGAAAGUUAAAGGGUAUAUUUCAGAGAGUAUGGAUCGUUUUCCUGCUGAAGAUGUGGGGACUGUAGGCCAGGCAUUUUGUGCUGCUUUGCAGGAUGAGUUAUCGGAGUAUUAUAAGUUGUUGGCUGUCCUAGAGGCUCAGUCAACAAAUCCAAUUCCAUUGGUUUCAGAGAAUGCAAGUUCAGGGAACUAUUUGUCCUUGAGGAGAUUGUCAGUUUGGUUUGCUGAGCCAAUGGUGAAAAUGAGACUAAUGGCCGUUUUGGUUGAUAAGUGUAAAGCUUUGAGGGGAGGUGCUAUGGCUGGCGCUAUUCAUUUGCAUGCACAGCAUGGUGAUCCUCUAGUCCAUGACUUCAUGAGGCGAUUGCUUAGGAGGGUGUGCUCUCCGCUUUUUGAAAUGGUGAGGAGUUGGGUUUUGGAAGGGGAAUUGGAGGACAUUUUUGCUGAGUUCUUUAUUGUGGGGCAACCAGUGAAAGCUGAAUCCCUUUGGAGAGAAGGUUACCGACUGCAUGCUGGAAUGUUGCCUCUGUUCAUUUCCCAAUCUAUUGCUCAACGUAUUCUGAGGACUGGGAAAUCUAUUAAUUUUCUUCGUGUUUGUUGUGAUGACCGAGGUUGGGCGGAUGCUGCAACAGAGGCUGUAGCUGCUGCUGGAGUGACUACUAGAAGAGGGGGUCUUGGAUAUGGAGAAACUGAUGCACUUGAAUCUCUAGUCAUGGAAGCAGCUAAGAGAAUUGAUAAGCAUUUGUUGGAUGUUAUAUACAAGAGGUACAAGUUUAAAGAACACUGUCUUGCAAUCAAGAGAUAUUUGCUGCUUGGGCAGGGUGAUUUUGUUCAGUACCUGAUGGAUAUUGUUGGACCAGAGCUUUCUGAGCCUGCUAAUACUAUUAGUUCCUUCAAGUUAGCUGGAUUACUGGAAAGUGCAAUUCGGUCAUCUAAUGCUCAGUAUGAUGAUCCUGACAUACUAGAUCGGUUGAGAGUUAGGAUGAUGCCACACGGCACUGGUGACCGUGGAUGGGAUGUAUUCUCAUUGGAAUAUGAUGCUAGGGUUCCUUUAGAUACAGUGUUUACUGAAUCUGUCAUGACAAGGUAUUUAAGAAUUUUUAAUUUUCUGUGGAAGCUUAGACGGGUGGAGCAUGCACUCAUUGGUGCUUGGAAGACAAUGAAACCCAAUUGUCUUACUUCACACGUAUACACAAAGCUGCAACAUGCUGUAAAAUUGCAAUUGCUUUCAACAUUGAGGCGAUGCCAGGUUCUUUGGGAUGAGAUGAAUCAUUUUGUUACCAACUUGCAAUACUAUAUCAUGUUUGAAGUCUUGGAGGUGUCAUGGUCCAAUUUUUCCAAUGAAAUGGAAGUAGCCAAAGAUCUUGAUGAUCUACUUGCAGCACAUGAGAAGUACCUCUACUCAAUUGUAGAAAAAUCACUCCUGGGUGAAAGAUCUCAAACCCUUUACAAGUCACUGUUUGUCCUCUUUGACCUUAUACUGCAAUUUAGAAGUCAUGCUGAUCGGUUUUAUGAAGGAAUUCAUGAGUUACAAGCGAGAACUGCAGAAUCCUCUUUAAGUUCUCAAGACAAAAACAAAUCGAGGCAAACCAAGGAUAAAUCUUCAGAGCCAGGGUCUUGGAUUAGGGAAGGCAGGAAAGCUCUAACACAGCGUGCUAGUGAAUUCCUUCAAAAUAUGGGACAAGAACUAGAUGCAUUAGCUACGGAGUAUAAAUCAUUGCUUGAGGGUUUCUUAACUGAGUUGCCUGUUCAGCAACAUGUAGAUUUAAAAUUCCUCCUUUUCCGGUUAGAUUUCACUGAAUUUUAUACUCGACAGCAUGCUACCAUGUAAAGCUAUCAACACGUAUGGGUUUAAGGAGUUGCUGCUCAUAUUUGAGACAUAAAUGUAGUUUUUCAAUUCACUAAUGUCAUUUUCACAAUGCUCCCACUUGAAUGAACAAUCUCCUAUACACCUGGUGAACAUUUAGCCUGACCAAUUUGUACAUCAUCUCUUCGUUUUUAGGUAAGACAACUUGUACUCUUCUGUCAGUUUUGUUCUAUAUUUUUACAGGCAUUUCACGCUGUAUAUUAUAUUUCAGAUGUCUAUCGGAUGGCUUGUUUGGAAUGUUGCAGUUGAUUUGAAGGUAUUCUUAUGAUUUUGUUUAUGGUGUUUAUGUAGUAGUGUACAAGUUUUGGAUCUGAUAGUCCAAGGUUAUUGGUGUUUUCUUACAGCUCUUACAACUGAUAUGUCCAAAGGUUGUAUAUCUGUACCAUAUUUCUCUAUUUGUUAAUUGAUGAGCAAUUCAUGCUAUAUGUUUGAUUUUUA